UGCUGGCAGUGAAUAUCGGGACGUAACCCUAGUGUCGGAGUGUUCUGUUUCUAUUGAUAUGCUAACGCUAUCGUUAUUGCCUAAAGGCUCUUGCAGACCAGCGCGAUGCGCGACGUAACACGCGAUGUCCAAUGAGCGUACAGCUUUUUCGAACGUCGCACAUCCGUCGCAUGAUAGAUCGCGACGUCGCAAAAAAGUUGACCAAGUUUGAAGAUUUGUCGCGUGCGAUGAGCGUUGCCGACCGAGGAGCGAGGUUGCUAUCGGCGGAAACAGCAUCUCGUCCCGCGCGAAUCAAUUAGUCCAGUUCUUCUCGUUCUGCCAAGCUUCAGCAAUAUGUGUUCCGGAUCAGACGGUUAAAUUUAUUAUGGCAGAUUAUGAAGAUUAUGAAUACCUCGACGAAAGUAUGGAAGCAGAUAUAGAAAAUAUAGAUCCCAAUAAAUCUUUAAACUCGCAAGCAUUUGAAGUAUUUGAAAAAACUUUAAUAUCAGAAGUACAAGAAAGGUCAUGUUUAUGGGAUCACAGAUUGGAUAUAAAAAUGAGAGGAAUGAACAUAAUACAAAGAGCUUGGGAAGAAGUGGGUCGAGCCCUUAGUAUAUACUCAAAAAAGAUUCAUUUUAUAUUUUAUUCGCCAUUUAAAUUUCUACAUUGUUACACUUUUAUUAUUUAACAUAUAAUUGCCAUUUUUACUUAAAAAGAUACAGACCCUAAUAUUUGUAAAAAAAAGUGGAAAAACUUACGAGAUACAUUUCUAAGGAAAUACAAAGAAAAUAAUAUAGUUAUAUUGUAAGUGGUAGUGCAGCUACAAACAAGAUAAACAUUUUAUAUUUGUAUCAAUUUCUCUAUUAUUUAUUCGCGAA